UUCAUUGAGUGAAAAGCAAAUUAGGGUUUAUCAUGGGAGGGUGUUUGUCAGAUAUGAAAGGAGCGAAAGAAGCAGUGGGAGGUAUUGCUCCUGGAAACAACACUAAUGACGCCGUUGAUUUCUUCUACACCGCGCAAGGUUUUCAGCCAUUGUUUACCAAUGUUGAGUUAUCACUUUCAGCAAGUAACUUACUUGAUCUUGACAUUGUAUCAAAGAGUGAUCCUAUGGCUGUGGUAUAUGCAAAGAAAGGAGACGGCAAAUUGGAAGAAUUAGGACGCACUGAAGUCAUAACGAACAGUUUAAAUCCAGAAUGGAUAGAGAAAAUUAAUAUUGCAUUUCAUUUCGAGAUUGUGCAACCACUUGUAUUUCAUGUGUAUGACAUUGACACAUCAUAUCACGGUGUUCCCACCAAGACUCUAAAACUGAAUGAUCAAGAAUUCCUUGGAGAGGCAAGUUGCACUUUAUCAGAGAUUGUGACCAAACAAAGCAGGAGCUUAACCAUAAGGCUUCAAAACAAAGGAGGGAAUAUUAGUCAAAUAAAUCAAGGGGCAAUUACCAUUCACGCUGAGGAAACAGUUGCUGCAAAGAAUGCUGUUGAUAUUAUCUUCCGCUGCUCUCACUUGGAUAACAAAGACAUUUUUUCUAAAAGUGAUCCUUUUCUAAGGAUAUCACGAGUGGUUGAGAGUGGAGGAACUGUUCCUAUUUUCAAGACUGAAGUUAUAGACAACAAUUUAAAUCCAAAAUGGAGACCACUUUGUCUUAAUUUCCAGCAGUUUGGAAGUAAAGAUACUCCAUUGCUUAUUGAGUGUUUUGAUUUCAAUAGCAGCGGCAAUCAUGUACUUAUCGGUAAACUGAAAAAAUCAGUAGCAGACCUUGAAAAGCUAUACCAAGAAAAAAAAGGCGCAAAUUUUGUCAUGCCAUCCACACGCAAUGGACAAGAGAAGGUUCUGAAGGGUCAACUCUUUGUGGAUCAAUAUUGUGAAAAGGAACAAUUCAGCUUUAUUGACUACAUAUCUAGUGGAUUUGAACUAAACUUCUUGGUUGCGGUAGAUUUCACUGCUUCAAACGGAAGUCCUCAACAGCCAGAUUCUUUGCAUUACAUCGAUUUAUCCGGUCGGUUAAAUUCAUACCAAAAGGCUAUUAUGGAGGUUGGAGAAGUUAUUCAGUUCUACGAUUCUGAUAAGCUGUUUCCUGCUUGGGGAUUUGGAGGAAAGAUACCCGGAGGUACCAUAUCUCAUUGUUUUAAUCUCAAUGGGAGUCCAACUAGCUCCGAGGUUGUAGGAGUUGAAGGCAUAAUGGAGGCUUAUGGCAGUGCUUUACGCAGUGUCACUCUAUCAGGACCCACUUUAUUUGGACCAGUUAUCAACAUGGCUGCACAAAUGGCUGCAGAAGCGCUUUCAUCAUAUAACAGCACUAAGUACUAUGUAUUGCUUAUCAUAACGGAUGGAGUUGUUACGGAUCUUCAAGAAACCAUAGAUUCUGUGGUUAAAGCAUCUGAUCUUCCGUUAUCGAUUCUUAUAGUUGGUGUUGGAAGCGCUGAUUUCACGAGCAUGGAGGUACUGGAUGCUGAUAAUGGUCGUCGAUUGAAAAGUUCUACUGGUCGUCUAGCUACACGAGAUAUAGUGCAAUUUGUCCCCAUGAGAGAAGUACAAAGUGGACAAAUCUCUGUUGUGCAAGCUCUUUUAGAGGAACUACCUAGUCAAUUUCUGGCUUUCAUGAGAAGUAGAGAUAUCAAACCACUCGUUUCGCAUUUCCCUCAUGCACGCUCUAUUCAAUAGAUUUUACAAUUAGAUAGUCAACCUUUUUUCUCUCUAUAGAUAGUUGAUCCACAAUCCUUAGAUUUUAAGUGGUACAUUUUUUUUUAGU